AUGAAGAAUUUCUCAUCCGAAGCCAUCUGCAAAGAAACUGUCACGGUGGAGCCUCGAGUAACAGAUCUGCAUCUGUCUCUGCAAGACAGACAAACCGGCUGUCAUGAGCAAAUGACCGACCUUUCUUUUCACAGCUUUGAUCUGACAAACAUUGGCGGUAGCGCACGGAGAGCACCCGAUACUGGACAACUUGGUACAAGAUGCAGGCGAUCCGAUGCGCCCGCGCAUUUCGAAAACUCCAGACCGACUCUGACAAACAGUCGGAGUGCUGCAAUGGCAGAGCUGGGCAGAGGCCUGGCUGGUGGCUCGACAGCUCUGGCCGAGGGUUACAGCAUCCCUGACCAUUCUCGGCGGCCCAUCAUCAUCAAUGAGUUGUGCGAGCCAAGCCAAGUCCCUCGCGGCAAAGGCCGUCGGGUAGGAGAAUUUCCUCAAUUGCGUCAAAAGUCAGCCACCCUGACAGAGGAGCCGACUUAUCUGGAUGCCAUGGUUUUUGCCGGUGACUUCCAGGAGCCCGGGUUGUGCCCUCCUCCAAUCCGACAAAAAAAGCCAGGCACGUCUCAUGGUCCUGCAAAAGCUCAUACAUAUGCAGGCUUCCUUGAAGCAGUGCGACCUGGACCUGGACCAUACAAGUGUCCCGACGCUCAGCAAGAGCGUACCCCAUCACCUUGUGAUGGCUCUUGCGACGAAUCUGUCAAUGGCGGCGACGCCUUGGCCUGUCCUGCUUGUCUCUUCGAAGAGGAUGGUGUAGUGCACAGCGAACCAUUAGCGUCGUAUGAUUCUCGGCGCUGCGCUCGCCCAACAAUCAUGACUGAGAAUACCCCUGGAAACGAAACUUUUACAGUACCGUCGAGAAGGUGCGGUCAUCGUCGACUGCUUCCCUACCCACCCUAUUCAAGUACUGCUGCAGGAUUGAUUGCAAGUUCCGGGCCUAGAUCAAGAGACAUGGAAAAGCAAUAUUUAGUGAGCCAACGGGCCGGCAAGGCCAAGAACGGUCCCAUCCUUUGCAGCCGCACAAUGCACCAGAGAGGGGAGCUAAACUCUGAGAGUAAUCUCAAUGUCCCGGGGCAUCUCGGGCAGUACCAGCCUGGUCGCGGAGAACGAGUGACGCACCACGAUCUGCGCAACUUGGAUACAUGGAUGCUUGCAUCAAACCAUUCGCCCGGCGAGGAACUGGUCGUCCAGCACCACGCAUCAGUUCCGUCACAAGUCUAUGUAGACGCCGAGGGGCGUCCUCUCCUAUUGACAGAUGCGGGGAAAAUCUAUAAACUCUACAAGCCGAGCGAACUAAACCGAUAG